UGACCGGUCGCCCCGGCAACCAAGUCGCUCUCGGAGCUGCGCUAGCUGCCUGCUGCUCUCCUGGCCGCGGAGCUGGCGGCCCAUGGCGAAGUGCAGAGUCAAGAAAAUGUCGCGGACACCUCUUUGGCAGCCCCAGAAGUAUAUAAGAUAAACUUUAUAUUUCCAAAUGGAGACAAGUAUGAUGGUGACUGUACAAGAACACCCUCUGGAAUAUUUGAGAGAAAUGGAGUAGGUAUUCAUACCACUCCUAAUGGGAUUGUCUACACAGGAAACUGGAAGGAUGACAAGCAGAUGAAUGGCUUUGGAAGACUUGAGCAUUUUUCAGGAGCAGUAUAUGAAGGACAAUUUAAAGACAACAUGUUUCAUGGAUUGGGGACUUAUACAUUCCCAUCUGGGGCAAAGUACACUGGAAAUUUCAAUGAAAAUAGGGUGGAAGGUGAAGGACAAUAUACUGACAUUCAAGGACUAGAAUGGUGUGGCAACUUUCAUUUCACAGCUGCUCCAGGCCUGAGGCUAAAGCUCCACAUGUAGAUAUUCAGCAUUUGAAGUUUUAAUGUGGUAGUUGAAGCUUUUAGUUGUAAGGAAAACAGUUAAAUCUGUGAACAUAUACUACUUCUCUUUGAUCAUUUUGCCAAUAAAGCCAUCACUCACUUA